AUGUUGCUGAGUCAUGGUCUUGAUGACUCUGCCAAUUCCACGAACUACACGUUCGCAAUGUUCAAAGAUAGAGACAGAAAUAAUAAAUACAAGAAUCCAUACCUCACUUUCGUACCUUUCGUUUUGCAUUGA